GGCGCGGGCUAAAUAACAAAAGGAUAUAACGUACACCAAUUGAAACCUAAUUAUUCGCAUGCAGAAUCUUUCCAUUCUCCUGCGUCAAGUUUCGCGGUGCACGGAAGUGAGUACGAACUUAUCCAAAGCGUAUAAACAAUCCACUCAACCAUAAACAGCCAGCUCUGGAUGCCAGAGCGGCGAACGGACGGCAUAACAACACGUCUCCCCUCCCUCCCUGUUCGCCCGCGCCGAGCCGACCGACGCCGCGCGCAGGUCCAGGAGAGUUCGACGAGCGAGCUAGAGAGACAGGAGAGGGCGGUGCUGGAGAGCCACAAGCUCCACCGAGCCCCAAACAGCGAGACGCGUCGCCCAGCAGCGGUAUCGCGGCGGCUCACGUCGAGUAGUGGGGAGGGGCGGCCAUAGCGGUCGCGGGGGCGGGGCGGACGGUCGGCCGGCCGUCACCACGCGUCAGUCCGCCCGGGAAAGUCACGGGGCGCGGCGGUACGGCCGCGGCGCGGGCGACGCCGUGCAGCGGUGAGUGAGAGGCAGUGGUGCGCCAGACCGCGACUAGUGAGUGGCGAGUGGUGAGACAACGGGAAGACACCAGCGCCCAACAUGAAGGUCCUGGGCGUGCAGUUUGCGCCGUGGCGCAUCCCGAUGCGGCGCCGGCUGCAGACAUUCGCCGUCGGUUUCUGGAUCUGCACGUUCGUGUUCAUGGGUCUGGGCGGUCUGUUCCUGCUGACCUACCUCUUCCUGUUCACCCGCUUCUGGUGGAUAUCGGCGGCCUACUGCGCCUGGUUCUGGUACGAUAAGGACAUCUGUAACCGCGGCGGUCGGCCCUGGCAGUGGGUGCGGCGCUGGACACUAUGGCGCCACUUCCGUGACUACUUCCCCAUAGACAUCGUCAAAACGUGCGAGCUGUCGCCCGACAAGAACUACCUGCUCGGCUCGCACCCGCACGGCAUCCUCUGCGCCGGCGCCUUUUGCAACUUUUGCACCGAGGGCAACGACUUCUCGGAGCGCUUCCCGGGCAUCACGCCACAUAUGCUCACCCUGGAGGGCAACUACUCGCAGCCGUUCUACCGGGAGUUCUUCAUGACCUCGGGCGGGGUGGCGGCCACGCGCCGCUCCAUGGACUACCUGCUCUCGCUGCCCACCAAGGGCCACAUGCUGAUCCUCGUGGUGGGCGGCGCGCCCGAGGCGCUCAUGGCGCGGCCCGGCGUCAGUCAGGUCUACAUCAACCGGCGCAAGGGCUUCAUCAAGAUCGCUCUGAGGAACGGCGUCUCGCUGGUGCCGGUGUUCCAUUUCGGCGAGACGGACAUUUACAAUCAGGUAUGGAACCCGGAGGGUUCGUGGCUGCGCUGGCUGCAGGAGACCAUGAUGAGCUACAUCGGGCUCGCCCCCGUCCUGUUCCUCGGCCGCGGCUUCCUUCAGUACAGUUUCGGCCUGCUGCCUCACCGGCGGCGGAUCACUACUGUGGUCGGCCGCCCGCUCGAGGUCGAGCGGCGACCCAACCCGACCCAGGAGGAGAUCGACGACCUGCACCGCCGCUACAAGGACGCACUGAAGGAGCUCUAUGACGAGAACCGACACAAGUAUGCGCUCGACCCCACUGUCGAGCUCGAGUUCAAGUAGAGAGGAGGGGAGGUAAGGUGGCUUCCAGUCAAGUCAAGUCAAGUCAAGGUGUGUUGUUUUCAGUGUGGGACACAGCUGGGGUGAGUGUAUGAAGGAAAAUACCUGAAGAUGUAUUGAAGAUGCUUAACGUGACGUGUUCACUGUUCACUGAGAUAAAUGAUAAUGUUAACGCCAUGGUGGUGGUGUGCCCAAGACAUGCAUGAGAUGUAAAAGAAACGAGAAGGACUUCAGCAAACAAUUAGGACCUAAGUUUGGUUCAUUUGAAGGCGCGUGUGUUUGCAGUUAGCAUUGAUAAAUUGCUUCGUGGUGGCCGUGCAAUGCAAUACGAAACUUGACCGAACGGCGUCCGGUAGUCCAAGUGUGAAUGCUGCAGACAAUGUCAGCAGUUCAGGGUAUCUGGUCAUUGUUGAUAACGCUAAAAUGUUAGCGCCCCUAACGGAUAUUUACCCGUGACAUAAAAAUAUAUGUAACGCCGAUA